AUGUCUGACGAGGAGGUUCUUCUUGAAGAUUUCUUAUUUGAAGAGCCAAAUGGGUUUCUUCCCCCACCGCCCGAAUCGCAUUUCGCUACAUAUAAACGUAAGCUCGCCAAUGUUCAACCUCAAGAAAUCACCAUGAAACUAGUCGGGAAAUCGCCAUUAUGGGGCCAUUUGUUGUGGAAUGCUGGUAUAUUCACAGCAGACUAUCUAGAUAAGAAUUCAGAAAAAUUGGUGAAGGAUAAACGAGUCUUGGAGUUAGGUGCUGCCGCAGCAUUACCAUCAUUAGUUUGUGCCGUGAAUAAAGCUAAAGAGGUUGUUGCUACAGAUUAUCCCGAUGCAGAUCUUGUCAAUCACAUCAAACACAACUUUGACCAAUUAUCGCAAAAGACCGAAAUAAGCAAGUAUAAAGUGAAGGGAUACAUUUGGGGUAACUCGAUAAAUGAAUUGAUUUACAAUGACAAAGAUGAUGAUGAUGAUGAUGAUGAUAACAAAAAUGAAGCUAAUUUGGAAUUGACAGAUGAUAAGAAAUUCGACUUGAUAAUCUUGUCAGAUUUGGUAUUCAACCAUACUGAACAUCAUAAAUUACUAUCCACCUGUCGACAAUGCCUAAAACUGAAUGGGAAAUGUUUAGUUGUUUUUAGUCCCCAUCGUGCUCAUCUACUAAAUCAAGAUUUGGCAUUUUUUGAAACUUGUAAAGAAUAUCAGUUUAAAGCAGAAAUGAUUGGUAUGAUUAAUAUGACGCCGAUGUUUGAAGAAGAUGAAAAAACGGCAGAGAUUAGAUCUAGAGUAUAUUCAUAUUUUUUGAUACCAAAUUGGUGA